UGGCGGCGCCCAUCUGAAUCUGCAAUUCGGACUUCAAGUGAAUUUUGGUUUUGGCGCCGAUUCGGAGUAAAAAUUAAAGUUCCGGGUUUAGAAUUUCAGCAGCGGAUGGUCGCAGAGAAACCGUCGUUAGAAGUUUCACUUGUUAUUUUAACAGCAGAAAUAAUGCUGAUAUCUGGAACCCAUGUCGAACGUCUGUGAAGAGAGGGUAACGAUGAUUGCAGCAGGGGAAAUGCAGGAGUUUGUUCCUUUUGGCCGUGACCACUGCAGGCGCCACCCUAAUGCCACGAAUCUUCAGCUUCGGCAGCUGCAGCCUGCUUCAGAACUGUGGUCCUCCGACGGUGAUGCGGGAUUGGUGGGAUCACUGAGGGAAGUUACGAUCCAUGAGAAACAGAAGGAGAAUUGGCAUCUAAGGAAAGGCUCUUGUGACAUUGGUGAAGAGCUGGACUAUGAUGAAGAGCUGUAUGUGGCUGGUAACAUGGUCAUCUGGAGCAGAGGAAGUAAAAGCCAUGCUUCUUCAGUUUAUAAGGCAUUCACAGUGGACAGCCCUGUCCUGCAGGCACUAUGGUGUGAUUUCAGCAUUCCACAGGACAAGACCGAAUGCAUGAAAGCCCAAGAGAAGACAGAGAAGUGCGUAUGUAUUGUACAGAGAUCCUGUGUGAAUGUACACACCGUGGAUGGGAAGGACUACAUUGCCCCAUUACCUUUUCAGGUUGCAGAUGUUUGGGCAACCAAAUAUGGGUUAAUUUUUGAGCGCAAUAACCCUGUGCAAGAAGUACCUUUAAGUCCUCUGAGAGAGCCACUACCUACUAUGUUCAGCAUGCUGCACCCGUUGGAUGAAAUCGCACCCCUUGUAUGUAAGUCAACAGUAGCCGUGACCAAUAUAACAAGAGUACAGUAUGUUGCUGACUAUACGCUGAAAAUCGUUUUCUCCAGCUCGACCCCAUCAAUCAUCAUGACUUAUGACACAGCACAGUGCCUGCAUGCAGUUUGGGCAUUACGCAAAAUUAAAACUGAGGAGCAAAACACAGUUCUAAGGUGUCCCAGCACUUCAGGAACCCCUCAGCAGAUUGUCACCAGCAGUUCCCUGACUGCUCACCUCAGGAGCGUCUCGAAGGGCGAGUCACCUAUAGCUUCUCCGUUCCAAAACCUCUCCUCCUUUCCGAACCAGAACAGAUCCGCAGUCUCACCUGGUGCACACUCUCGCUCCCACUCUCCUUCCAUUUCAAAUAUGGCGGCUCUGAGUCGAUCUCAUUCCCCAUCCCUGGGAGCUUCAUCGUUUUCAGGCGUGCAGCGGUUCAACUUAUCAACCUACACCCCAUCUCCAAAGCGUGGUCGAAAUUCCCACUCACCAAACAGCACUCUGAGUGACUCCCUGCUGGUGCCUGAAACUGAGCCGGUCAUUCCGGAGUUGUGCCUUGAUCACUUAUGGACUGAAAGUAUGCUCAACAUGAGAGAAAAGAAUUCUCAGGCUGCAAAAGUAUUUAUUACCAGUGAUCUCUGCGGUCAGAAGUUUUUAUGUUACUUGGUGGAGUCUCGCCAUCAACUGCGGUGUGUGAAAUUUGAAGAAAGCAAUGAUUUGACUCAGCUGAUUUUCGGAACAGUUACUGUCAUACAAGCGAAAGAUGCUGCUCCUAUGGAGAGUGUCAACACAAUGGUGGUCCUGGAAAGUAACGGCAAUCUGGUGCUGUACACUGGCAUUAUUCGGGUAGGAAAGGUGUUUAUUGCUGGACUUCCAACUCCCUCAUUAUCUGUGUCCAACACAAUACCUCGGCCUAGCACUCCACUGGGCAGUGUCAGCACUCCAGCUAGACCUUCAAGCAGACACCCUGGUACACUGGAUGAGGCUGUGUGGCCCUCCCCAGUCCCUGAGCUGAAUGAUUCCACAAAGAUUCAUGACUCGCUGUACAUGGAUGACUGCACUUUCCACCAGAUUGGAACAUACAUUCACUCCCUGCGGGAUCCUGUCCAAAAUAGAGUUACCUUGGAAAUGAGUAACGGUAAUUUAAUUAGGAUCACUACGCCCGAAAUAACCAACUCUCAAUUGGUGAAAAAGUGCUUGCAAGCAAUAAAAUAUAUCCUCCCGAAAGAGGUUGCGGUACAAGUUUUGAUCAAGUGGUACAAUGCAUACAAUGCACCUGGAGGACCCAAUUAUCAUUCAGAGUGGAACAUGUUUGUGAUCUGCCUCAUGAACAUGAUGGGCUACAGCACAGACAGGCUCACAUGGACACGCAAUCUUGAUUUAGAAGGUUCACUGUCUCCUGUGAUUGUUGCCAAAAAAGCCAGGCCUUCGGAAGUUGGUUCAGAUGAGGACUGGGAAUACCUGCUUUCGUGUGACUAUCAUCAUAAUUUUGAGUCUCACCUUUUGGCCAGUGCCCUGCAUUUAGACCCUUUAGAGGUGUUGCAUCCCAAAGAAGAGAUAUUUCCAAACCUUGGCCUGGAUUCAACAACUCUACUUUUCAGUCACAUUCCUGCCAUUUUCUUUGUGCUGCAUUUGAUCUAUGAGGAGUUGAAACUGGAUAACCUGAUGAGGGAGGGUGCACGUUCACUUGUCAUUCUUCUGUAUCAGCUGGCAAGAGAUUUGAAGCUGGACAUGUACAUGGAUUCUUACUGGAGGGACUACCCAUUCUUGGUGAAGGCUUUGAAACAAACGUGUAAAAUUGAUCAAGCACAGACAAGACUCAUGCACCAGCCGCCUUUCCUCACUACUGAACCUCCAAGCAUCUAUCACUGGCUGAGUUCUUGUCUGAAUGGUGAUAUCAUGUCCCCUUUCCCUUACCUUCCUGGCAUCUGUGAAAGAACAAAAUUAAUAGUGCAGAGCUUUGCACUGUACAUACUUGGUGAUGAAAAGGCACUUUCCUAUGAGUCAUCCAUGUAUUUAUCUAGAAUUGCAGCAGGGCAAAGGAAGCAGCAAGCAGAGGAAGACAACAAAAGGCUCAGUUUGAAUCCAUGCGCCUUGUCCUCCAGCUUAGCGGCAAAGCUGGUGGUCUCACUUACAAACCUAGGAUUUACCUUAAAGGAUUUGGAGUCUGUUCCCUUUGGGGUUGCUCUCCCAAUACGGGACGCUAUUUAUCAUUGCCGUGAACAGCCUUCCUCGGAUUGGUCUGAAGCUGCCUGUUCACUUAUUGGACGUCAGGACCUUUCCAAGCAGGCACAUGAAGGAAAUCUACACAAGACAAAAUCUGCUAUUGGGCACGUGUUGCUAUCUGAUGGAGCCUCUGGGAAUGAAGCUGAGGAGGAGGAAGAUGGAAUGAAUGACAUGAAUCAAGAUUUGAUGUCCUUAAUCUGGAAUGAAGAUCUGCGUGUUCAGGAAGUUCGACGCCUGCUUCAGAGCACGCACCCUGUACGCGUUAAUGUUGUACAGAUGCCAGAAGUUAGUGACCACGAGUAUAUCGAAGAGAAGGAAAACAGGUUACUACAACUAUGCCAACGAACCAUGGCACUUCCUCCAGGAAGAGGGAUGUUCACUCUAUUCUCUUACCAUCCGGUGCCAACUGAGCCACUUCCUAUUCCAAAAUUAAACUUGACUGGACGAGCUCCGCCUCGAAACACGACCGUUGACCUGAACAGCGGGAACAUCGAUGUGCCGCCCAACAUGGCCAGUUGGGCCAGCUUUCACAAUGGGGUGGCUGCUGGACUAAAGGUAGCCCCAGCUUCCCAGAUAGACUCUGCCUGGAUCGUGUACAACAGACAGAAAAACACUGAGCUAACCAACGAGUAUGCUGGCUUGCUGAUGGCGCUGGGGCUCAAUGGGCACCUGAGCAAACUGACUACGAUGAGCAUUCAUGACUACCUCAGUAAGGGCCAUGAGAUGACCAGCAUUGGAUUGCUGCUGGGAAUUUCAGCUGCAAAACUGGGCACAAUGGAUAUAUCGGUUACACGUCUCCUGAGCAUUCAUAUCCCUGCACUGUUACCUCCUACCUCAACAGAACUGGACGUCCCCCACAACUUGCAGGUUGCAGCUGUUAUGGGCAUAGGACUUGUAUACCAAGGAACUGCUCACCGGCACAUUGCAGAAGUGCUUCUGACUGAAAUAGGUCGUCCUCCAGGUCCCGAGAUGGAGAACUGCACCGAUAGGGAAUCAUACUCUCUGGCUUCUGGUCUCGCUCUUGGCAUGGUCUGUCUUGGACAUGGGAGUAACUUGAUAGGCAUGUCUGACCUGAAUGUCCCAGACCAGCUGUACCAAUAUAUGGUAGGAGGACACAGACGUGCCCAACCUGGAAUCCACAGAGAGAAGCACAAAUCACCCAGUUACCAAAUCAAGGAAGGGGACACUGUGAAUGUGGAUGUUACAUGCCCUGGAGCUACGCUGGCUUUAGCCUUACUUUAUUUGAAAACGAACAACAGAUCUAUCGCAGACUGGCUCCGAGCCCCGGACACUCAGUACUUGUUGGACUUUGUGAAGCCAGAAUUUCUUUUAAUGCGGACUCUGGCAAGGGGAUUAAUUAUGUGGGAUGAAAUAAAGCCUAACCCAACUUGGAUUAAUAGCAACAUACCACCUAUUGUUAGACAGAACAAUGCAUCAUUAAACACAAUGGAUGGGCAAGUACCUGAAGAUGUUGACUUGCAAACCAUGCGCCAAGCUCAUAUCAACAUUAUUGCUGGUGCCUGUAUGGCAAUGGGCCUUCGAUUUGCAGGUUCUUCUAAUGCAGCAGCUUUCAAUUGUUUGUUCAAAUAUGUGAAAAUGUUCCUGGAAUCUGUGUCCUCACCUGUGGCAGCACUGGCUGGCCACCACAACCUGGAAACCUGCUUGAGCGUGGUUCUACUUUCCCUUGCCUUAGUGAUGGCAGGCACUGGGAACCUGAAAGUCCUCCAGCUGUGUCGAUUCAUGCAUAAAAGAACUGGAGGAGAGAUGAAUUAUGGCUUUCACAUGGCAGCUCAUAUGGCUCUUGGUCUCUUGUUCUUGGGAGGGGGAAGAUACUCAUUGUGCACAUCUAAUUCUGCAAUCGCAGCUCUUCUUUGUGCACUUUAUCCUCGCUUCCCAGCUCACAGCACUGACAAUAGAUAUCACCUACAGGCACUGAGGCACUUGUAUGUUCUUGCUGCUGAGCCACGUCUCCUAGUGCCAGUUGAUGUGGAUACAAACACUCCAUGUUAUGCCCUCAUCAAGGUUACCUAUAAGGCUUCUCAAUGGUGUGAGGAAAUGACAGUAAACCUCAUGGCGCCUAGCCUUCUUCCUGAAUUACACUUACUAAAAGAGAUCAAAGUAAAAGGUCCCAAGUAUUGGGAGAUUAUGAUGGAUCUCUCUAAAGGACCACCAAGUUUGCAAUCAAUUCUGUCGAAAGAUGGUUUUCUUUAUGUCAAGCUCCGAGCAGGACAUCUCUCCUACACAGAGGAUCCGAAAGGCUUUCGUAGUCUUUUAGCUCAGACAUUCACUCACAGAAAUCCCGAGUUCCUUUCUAUCAAGCCUGAAGCUGUUUCAGCUUUUACCUCUGAUCCAGCUUUGCUGUCAUUUGCAGAGUACUUUUGCAAACAUUCAAAGAAAGAGGGACAGAAACAGGACAUGCUAGACUUGCUCUCAUCCAUCUUAUAUGAAUGUGUUACUCAAGAGAAGCCAGAAAUGUUACCUACAUAUAUAGCCAUUGAUCAGGCGGUGCGCAGAUUAGAACGGAAAGAGAUGUCGGAAACCUUCGAGCUGUGGCAGAUAAAGUUAGUGCAGCAGUUCUAUAACUCUGUUUGCCUCCAGGAUAAAUUUAAAAACAGCACCACUGGACUACUCAUCAACCCUGAGUUCCUUCUUGCCAUGAAGAACAUGUUGGAUAAAACCCUGGAUCAGUGGCUCCAUGCAUCAGGUGAUGUGCUAUUACAUUCCUACCUAAGUAGUCAGCUUGUGGAGGAAUCUCAGAUCAGUAUGCUGGCUUGUUUCCUAGUCUAUCAUUCAGUCCCUACACUCCAGCAAAUUGCAGCAACAGGAAUUGAAGGUACUGCAAGUUUUUCUGAACUCCUGCUGAAAUUCAGCCAACUACAUUUACCAGUGCAGGCGCUGCUGAGGUUAGCCCCAGUGAUUCUUGGUGGCCCCCGAGCAAUGUUGAUUUAAUGGUCACUGGUGCUUAUUAUGACUCUAGGCCCAGUGGGACCAUCAUCAGAUUCUCUCUCCUGUCCGGUUACAGAGUUGGGUCUGGGUCAUUUAGAAAGAUUUUUUAAAAAGUACUUUUUGAUUGUUGUUGUCGGAAAGCAUGUUAGCAAACACUUAAUCCCACCAGUAGUUGCCGUCUGGUCUUAGAUGUGCAUCUGUUAACUGAAGUUGAACUGAAUUUGUGAAUAAAAACACCUACUUUUGCA